GCGGGGCGGGACCCGCUUUGCAGCGCUGCGCCCUGCCCCGGCCAGCCAUUGCACGGCCCCUGGGCCGCCCCCGGCCCUCGGCAGCUGUUCCUGGGCGGCACUGGGCGGGGGGGGCUCCGCGGGAAGGCGCUGGGCACGGGCUCGGCGGGUCUGGUUCAACGCCUGCCGACACCGCAUCUCCCUGGGCCUCAGUUUCCCCGUCUGUAGGAGAGGGAAUCAUCCUUCCUUUCUCCCCCCUUAGGCUGCCUGGGCUAGUUAGACCAUCCCCCACUCUGUCUGUGCAGCAGCCGGCACAAUGCGGGCCUGAUCCCAGCUCGGGCCCGGCCGGUCCACUGUAAUUCAGGUACUAACGAUCUACAGAGACCGCUGCUCUCUCCUUCUUCGCUGGCUGAGUUACAGUUGGGCCCAGGAGCCCCUUGCGCCCGGUGCUGUACAGACCCAGGACAAAAGGACACUCUGAGUAUUAGUCAAGAGAUGAAUGGCAGCUGGAUCCUGGCAGGCGGGAGAGCACGAGGGAGUGAGACGAUGCUGGCCAGCACCCAGGCAGGGCUCUCAGCCCGCCGGCCACCUAGCCGCUGUCAAGUUUCUUCUGGGCAAAGGAGGCUGCUUUGCAGAGCUUUACGGGGAGGAGCGACACCGGAGAAAGCGCAAAGGGGUUGUUUGAACUUUCGACAGGCGGGCGAUGGAGGCUGGCGCCCUGGGCCGAUGGGAGGAUGCUAGACGGAGCCUGAGACAACGGCCUGCCUGGGUCAGUCGGCUGGUGUGGUCCCCUGACCCAAAUGAACAGAGCGAGCUCUUUCCCACUGGGAUUACCGUUAAGAACCGAUCGCAGAAGCACGAAGGGAUCGUGGCCCCAGCACGCCGGGCGUAGGCCGCUGUCUCCCAGGGAGGAACGCGCAGCCGGUCCCGCCGUUUGUGCUGUUUGACCCAGUCCAAGUGAUGACUGCUCACCUCGUAACUUCGGCACUGGGCGAUUAUCAGGCAUAGCCCAGGAAGCAGCGCACCCAAAUCUGCUCUGGGUUUGGCCUGAGCAAUGACUACAGCACCGGGGACUGAGCAACACCUGGGGAGUCAGGAUUUGACCCAGCAGCUCCCAGUUACACCCACAGCAAGCCAAGUUGUAGGAAAGAGAUCUUUACUGAGCGUGCCCCGAGGCCGGUGUCACGCAGUGAGAGGCCUGCGUUGGGCUGGUAGCCCCAGGGCCCAGCUUGCAUUCCUUCCUGGGCCCUUGGGGGUCACACCAAAGUAGCCAGGUCUCCCUUGAAACUGGCCCCUCUUUUCCCAGCCCCACGCGUCAUGUGACACUCCCAACCCCAGGGGUGCAUGUCACGUGCCUUCACAAAACCCGGCCCCCCCAUCAGGGCCCCCUGAGCAGAGAGGGUGAGGGCUGGAUGAGCCAUGGAGGGAUCCCAGCCCCUGCAAGCUUGUGGCGUCCAGGGAUGACAUGGGAACUGAACCGAGCCACACAACGGGAACAGUUUAGUCUGGAUUCAAACCAGCACCCUGGAGGUGAACGGACCGACGCUUCUGAGCCGGCCGGGGCCCUCCUGUCAGACAGAAGUAGGGAGGAUUUAUGGACCCCCAACUUUCCUUCCAGGUCAGAGGCCAGGGCCUCGGCUGGUAUCAAUCAAUAUGGUUCCAUUGCGGCCAACAGCGUGCGGAGUCCGCGGCCACCAUGUGAACUGCACAGUCUCAGAUUUGAAGCCAGACGGGAGGGGACCAUUAGAGUCUCCUGAUCUGCCCUUCUCCCCCGUGACUCCUGCAGCCGGCCCCCCCCCCCCCCCCCGUGACUCCUGCAGCCGGCCCAGGCGUCUGGAGCUGGAGCACCGAGCUCUGUAGCCCGGCGUGAGGCUGGUUUUUUGUGUGGUUGCUCCCUCUUAUGGAGAGAGGCUUUUCACCAACGUGAUAGCCAGGCCCCGCCGGGGUCUUUCUGGAUUUCCCACAAUGGUGUCAGUUACAAUGGCUACAUCUGAGUGGAUUCAGUUUUUUAAGGAAGCUGGGAUUCCUCCAGGCCCUGCUGUCAACUAUGCGGUUAUGUUUGUGGAUAACAGAAUCCAGAAGAACAUGCUGCUGGACCUGAACAAGGAGAUCAUGAAUGAGCUAGGGAUCACGGUGGUGGGGGAUAUUAUCGCUAUCCUCAAGCACGCCAAAGUUGUUUACAGACAGGAGAUGUGCAAGGCAGCUACUGAAUCGGUGUCCUCCCACCAGCCAAGUGCGCAGUCCGAGCGCCGCAGGAGCGCCGCCAGCGCUGCCACCCGUAUGAUCGCUAACAGUUUAAGCCGAGAUUCGCCACCUGCUACCCCUGUCCGAAGACCCGACACCAAUACGUCCAAAAUCUCUGUUACUGUGUCCAACAAAAUGGCUGUGAAGAACGCAAAAGCAGCUUUGUGCGAUCCAGCGGACGAGAGCCUGGUGGGCCCGGUGAAGCGGCGGCGAGUUACAGCGGAGAUGGAAGGGAAGUACAUCAUCAACAUGCCAAAAGGUACCACGCCCAGGACUAAGAAAAUCCUGGAACAGCAGGCAGCAAAAGGUGUACCCAGGACGUCUGUGUUUGACCGGCUGGGAGCUGAGAUGAAGGCAGACACAACCACUGGGAAUAAGCCUACAGGGGUCUUCAGCCGACUAGGGGACGCACUGGAGGCAGAGGAGGAUAAAGCCACAGAGAGCGACGAUGACUGCUCCGUCCUGCAGUAUGCUGGGGUCCUGAAGAAGCUCUCCAAGCCUUUACGCAAGGAAAGUGCCAAACCAGGAGUAACCAUCAAAGCAAAAGCCACGAGCUCGGAGGCAAAACCAGCUGUGACGACCAUUCGGCGACUUGGCAACAAGAGCACUAGCCUGGCAGCGAAGGAAAAGAAGCCGGAAUCAGCGUCCAAAGUCAGUGUCGUACAGAGACUGGGCAAGCCCGCGCUGCCCACUGAGGCCCAGGACAGCAGUGUCACCAGCACGAAGAACAAAGCUGAGCCGCAAUUCAGGGUCACUCUAAAGAGGACUUUGGGUAGCGCUAAGGUAAGCAGCACCAGCGAAAUCUAUAGUGCUCAGAUGGACAAUACAGGGACUGUUAGUGUCUUUAAAAGACUGGGCAAGAAGGCAAACUGACCCGUGAAAAGCGCCUGGAAGGUUUGGUUCUGUGACCGCUAGUGUCCGAACCACUUAGGCCUUCGUCUGCAUUGUUACCACUCUCUUGACGUGCGUGAAACCCUGUGUGGGGGAUUCCCCGAGACCCGUCUCUGUCUCCUUCGGCAGGAUCGGGGCGCCUGGCCCACACCCAACUUGGCUUGAGUGGAGUGUGCGUUUGCUCUGAUCCUGGCUCAUUCCUUACCAUUAAACUCAAAGGGCGCAAGCUGCUGUGUGAAAUGAGUUGGGAUUCUUGCAUGGUGGGUGCCUACAUCAAAACAGAACCAUCACAUGUCAGUUGUGAGCCCCCUUGUCUGGAGGCCUCAGCAGAGACGACCAGGCGAGAAUGGGCCAUGGAGACUACGCCCCUACUCCGUGCAGUGGGUCUGCGGCACGGCGGAAGCCUGGGCUCUGGAUAACGGAGGGUUUUCUUCUCCCAGGCUGUUGUCCGAGCACCUUUCACCAGCGCUAAAGUUCACUGAAAGCUUUUUUUUAUUCUUUUUUUCUAUCUUUUUCCCUCUGCAGGUUCUUGCCUGUAUCUAGGAAGUAGCAUCUCGAGGUCUCCGUACAGAGAUAAUAUGGAGUGGGGACACUGUGCUGGAACUCUUGAGUCUAAGAGGGUUUCCUAGCAACCUAUAAAACCAAACGUAAGGGCUCCAGGACACUGCACAGACGUUUGUUUGAAUGUUGUCAGUCCAAGAGUAUUAAUCUAAGAACCACGGGAGAUGUCUCUUCUCCUUCCGUCCUCA